AGUGCAUGUGCUCAGUGAGUGCGCGGUCGCCGGGAGCUUGAGCGUGCGUCUCUGUGAAAACGCCAGCGCGUGGAAUCAGCUCCUCAGCCAGUCGUGUUUCCGCCAGCCCAGUGAGAGUGUGGAUUAUCAGGACGCCGGUGCCAUGUCUCCUCUCUCCAUCCUGACACACUUCACUGCCCUCAUUGCAGUCGCAGAGGGAUCCGGUGAGGAGCCGGCCGUCACGCUCGCGGUGGCGGACGUGUGCCCGCUGGGGGAGUUCCCGUGCGGUAACCUGUCGGUGUGCCUGCCCCAGCCGCGCCACUGCAACGGCGUGCAGGACUGCGCCAACGGAGCGGACGAGGAGAACUGCGUUGAUAACAGCGGAUGGCCUCACCUUUUUGAUGCUUUUCAGAAGACAAAUGUCCAAAAGUCAAAGGACUGCUUGCUGGACAUGUUUCCAGAAGCCUGCCACUGUGAGGACCGGAGGGUGAACUGCAACAGCAGAGGGCUCCGGGAUGUUCCGGCGGUGUCCUCCAACGUCACCGCGCUUGAGCUGAAUAGCAACCAGAUAACAUCCCUUCCCCCGGACCUGUUCAUUCGAUAUUGGAAUCUUGAGAGGCUGCACUUGCAAAAUAACAGCAUUAAGUCGAUAUCCAACCGGGCUUUUUCAGGACUCUAUCACCUACGGAAACUAUUUCUCAGUCAGAACAGGAUCACCAAGCUGAAGACUGGAGUUUUCAGAGAUCUUCACAACCUGGAGUGGCUGAUAAUGGAUGACAAUAAAAUAUCUUCUAUAGGGCAGAAGUCAUUCAUAGGCCUGAGUUCAUUGUUCUUCUUGUCUAUGCUGAACAAUUCACUGGAGCAUCUGCCAAAGAAGUCCUUCUGCCUAGAAAUGCCCAAGCUCAACUGGUUGGAACUGGAAGGUAACAGGAUUUCCACCUUGAUGAGCUCCAGUUUCCAGGACUGCAGUGCCCUGACUGUCCUGGCUCUGCGGAGAAACCAUUUACAGACAAUCGAAGAGGGAACAUUUUCUGCGAUGCAGAGACUCAUAGACCUGGACCUGUCCGUGAACAGAAUUCAGGAGCUGCCUCCAUCUCUAUUUAGAAAUCUGCAAAACCUUAAGCAGCUGAAUAUUUCAGAUAACCCACUGACUCGUCUUUAUGAAGACCAGUUUGACAGCUUCAUCAAUCUUCUAUCACUGGGGAUUGAGGGAGUUGAAAUCCCGAAUAUUAGCAUCCGGAUGUUCAGAUCACUCAGCAACCUUUCCCACAUAUACUUUAAGAAGUUUGAGUACUGUGGAUACUCACCAAAUGUGCGCAGCUGCAAGCCCAACACGGACGGCAUCUCCUCCUUCGAGAACCUGCUGGCCAACAUCAUCCUGCGCGUCUUUGUCUGGGUGGUGGCCUUCGUCAUCUGCUUCGGCAACGUCUUCGUCAUCUGCCUGCGUUCCUGCGUGGCCUCGGACAACCGGCACCACACCAUGUCGAUAAAGUCCCUGUGCUGUGCUGACUGUCUGAUGGGGGUGUACCUGUUCUUCAUUGGGGCCUUCGACAUCAAGUACUGUGGAGAGUACAACCGCCACGCCCAGAUAUGGAUGGAGAGCCUGUCCUGCCAACUGAUUGGCUGCCUGGCUAUGCUCUCCACUGAAGUGUCAGUCAUGCUGUUGACCUACAUGACCCUGGAGAAGUACGUCUGUAUCGUCUUCCCCUUCCACAACUGCCGGGCCGGUCGGAAGCAGACGCUGACUACCCUGGUGGGCAUAUGGGCGCUUGGCUUUAUCAUUGCAGUCAUCCCCUUCUGGGACAAACAGACUUUCGGGAACUACUAUGGCCGAAAUGGAGUCUGCUUCCCCCUCCAUUCUGACCUGACCGAGAAGCCAGGGGCGCGGAGCUACUCCACCGGGAUAUUCCUUGGCUUGAACCUUUUUGCGUUCAUGAUUAUUGUGUUCUCCUACACCAGCAUGUUCUUCUCCGUGCGCAAAACUGGCGCUAAAACGGCACGCCACAGCGUCUUUGAUCAAGAGGUCACCAUCGCUAAGCGCUUCUUCUUCAUCGUGUUCACCGAUGCCCUUUGCUGGAUGCCCAUAUUUCUACUCAAAAUCCUUUCGCUCUUACAGGUGGAGAUCACAGGUACCAUUAUUUUAUGGGUGGUGAUCUUCAUCCUGCCCAUAAACAGCGCCUUGAAUCCUAUCAUGUACACCAUGACGACGACAUACUUCAGGGAGCGCCUGAAACUCUGCCUCCAGAUGAAGUGGCAGCAGCUGGGGAUGAAGGAGACCCCUCAUGACAUCGCCAUGAUCUACAAGCAUAACAGUGCCCCCUAAUGGACUGGUGGACCUGUUGCAGAAUUUUGACAAACUACGCACACGCCAUCACCCUCUAGUCACAAGAUGGGGGAGGGGGCAUUUCAACAGUGUUUCUAUGGUCUGCAAGCAUACACACUGGUCUGGACACCUGUUCAGUAACUGUGCUUACCCGCCCCACCGAGAACCAACCAUCAGGUGGGGGAAAUAUGGGCGGCACUGGAGUGCUACAUUCACAGAAUUAGCUUUAAGGCUGUCAUUUUCCAGGCAUGUUAUGAGGGCUACAGUUGGACGGUACUGCAAUGCUGCUGCUUUCUACAGUGGAGUCAGCUGUAAGACCACUUGUCUGCGACCCCUGACCAGCUUGUGCUUAAGGAGAGUCAUCUUUGUCCUGUCUCAGGUCUGAGGGAAUGCCCAGAUCACAUCAGUGUAUUAAAUCAGCUCACCUCCUGGCUGGGCCCCUCAUUCUCAAAAGUUCCGGUCAAAGCCGCAGAUGAGAGGUUGGUCAAAGGGUUCAGACUGUACACAGCAACAUGUGCUGCGCUUGUGUUGCUUUGUUGCUUUGCUGGUAAUGAAUGUAUGUGUGCACUCCCGUGCCCUGUUAUAGUCCCACUCCUUACUCAGAAUGGUCAUCUUUAAAGUGCUCAAACAACUGAAAAAGGCAAGCAUUUCCUUAUUUGUCUAUUUAAAGAGGAUAUUAUACAUGUUAUCAUUUUAUGGAUUUCAAUUAACUGUAAUAUGUAAUUUUCUUCUAUUUUAUUACUUCAUUUUAAUGAAUAUUUCUAAAAGGGGAAAAAAUAUUUAAUAACAUUGUAUCGAGGAGCUUGAAAAAAAAUGUAAGACAAAAUGUAAAAUGGGAAUAAAUUGCAUCCUAAUUUCUUAUGGGGGGGAAAGAAAAUGUGCUUCAUAUAAAUGUU